AUGGCAGUCUCGGCAGAUGACCGCUUAGAAUGGAAGCUUACCCAGCCUGGACUCUGGGAGCGGGAUAUCGAUGAGGUGGAGGAGUUUUAUGCAUCGCUGGCAAAGGCCUAUGAAAGAACAGGCAGGGUCUUCUUUGCUAUGACCGGGUUUAUCUCUUUCUCAGUCCCGGUCCAGCCAGGCACUGCGUUGCAGAAAGUUGAGAAAAGGGCCGAGGAAGCGCUGAAGAGUGCCUGGAUCCGUCUUCGAUACAACCAUCCUACCAUUGCUUCCAGGGUGCUGUAUGACCCGGCCCAGCGAAGGUACAAGAAGGUCUACGAGACCAUUAUAGACGAUGCAUCGCAACACCAGUGGGUAGAUGAGACCUUUCAGGUUGUGUCAGAGAGGAUGUCCGGGCUGGAUUGGUGCAACGCCGACCCCCCGGUGCCCGCGCUGCCAACGCUGUUUCUCAUCAGGGCUCCAGCCACAGACGACCGGGUCUUCCGCGCUGAUCUGGUCCUCCGCGCGCAUCACGACGUGAUUGAUGGGGUAGGGACUUUGCUGCUCUUCCACAACCUCUUUACUCUGGCCGCCGAGGCGUACGGGCAGGUCAGCUACGAGUUGCCGCAAUUUGGGGACGAGUGGUUGAACCUCAGCCCGCCGCUGCGUAGGGCCGCCGAGAUACCGGAUGUCCUCUCGCCCGAGCAUGAAGAAGUCUUGCGCGAGAUUCUCGAGUACAAUUCUGGGGUCAAGGGAGAGGUUGAAAUAGCAAGCCCGCCAUUCCAGCGGCACAUUGCCCUCCCCGGGAAGCAUCAACGUGUUGCAAUCACAUUAUCUGAAAGCAAUACAGCGAGACUGUUGACCAAGUGUCGCACGCUUGGGCUGAGCAUUACGCACGCCUACCAUGCUUCCAUUGCGCUGACGGUUGGGGCCCUGACGGUUGGGGCCCUUCAAGAACGCAAAGAGACAGAGCGUACGCUGCGGUAUAUCAGUUACUGCCUGAUCAACGAGCGUCAUCACUGCAAGGAUCCCUACAGCACAUCCGCACAUCCGGCGUCAGUGUACCACUCCGUGUCUGGGAGAUGUCUCGCCAUCGACCUCACUGGCCCUGCAUUAGGGGCCCCCAGCACAACUCCGAAGAUCGAGGAUAUCUUCCUUCCCAUCGCGGAGCACGUCCGCGACUACUACCUGGAGAUCCGAAAUAACGAAGAGCACAUCAAGCUUGUGCCGGCCUACUGGGCAAUGUCAAUACUCCCAUACCCGGAAAGCGAACCGCCUGCGAUCCCACCGCGCAAUGAGACCCCUUCUGCCUCUAUUUCCAGUAUGGGUGUGCUGGACAAGGUCAUCCGGCACCAGUACGGAAGCUUUAGUGUGGAAAAUCCAUGGGUGACCGGGGAGGAGCUAGGCACGGGACUCGGACUGUUCUUGGCAUACAAUGAGGCCUGGCACGGAAGGGAGGAGGUACUGGAUGUCUUGAAUCGAUGCAAUAAGAUCGUCCUUCAGGGACUGGGCCUUUGA